AUGCCGGAGGCUUGCCGCCAAAUUGGGAGGAGCACAAGGACGCCACCGGCAAGGUAUUCUACUACAAUGAGAUCACGAAGGAGACCUCUCGCGCCAAACCGAAGGGUGCAGCAUCGCCAGCGCCCAGUCCGCUGGGAGGUUUGCCGCCCGACGGGAAGGAGCACAAAGAUCCAGGCAGUGGCAAGACGCUUUACUACACGCCGCAGCUCGUUGGGUGGCGGCGAGGUACAGGCUUCUGGUAUUUCUGCAGCUGCCCCAGCCACUCUGUCCCCCUGUCCCGUGUCUGGGGAUAGCGAUGAUGAUGCCUGGUCCUUGGUCUCCUCAGUCUCCUCCACUCCGGAGGCUCAGGAGGACAUGGAAAGGAUCACAGGAGACAAGCUGGAGUUGGAGAAGGAGCCGUGCAAGGACCAAGCUGCAGAGAAGCAAGCCAGAUUGCUUGCGGAGCAGAAGCACGCUGCAGCCCUCGAGGCAGAACGCAAGCUCCAGUCUGUCCUCCAGGCUAUGGAGCAGCUUCGUGCAGAUCACCAACGCGUCACCGAAGAGAAGGAAGAGGAAGCUCGUUUGCGCGCAGAGGCAGAAAUGAUGCAUGCAGCCGUUGCCAAAGAAAUGCAGAAGCUGCAGGAAGACCACUCGAGGCUGAAAGCCAACAAAGAUGCAGAAGAGAAG